UAAUAGAGAUCGAGAAAUCGGCAGCAUAAACGCAAAAAAGGCGGAAGAUUCAGGUCUGCAACCAAAGGAAGAAGACAACCCUUUUUGGAGAAGAACAAACCCAUCAUCACUGCGAUCAUGUCGACGUUUACCGGCGAUGAAACUGCCCCCUUCUUCGGCUUCCUUGGAGCCGCUGCUGCUUUGGUUUUUUCCUGUAUGGGGGCAGCGUAUGGAACGGCUAAGAGCGGCGUUGGAGUGGCUUCGAUGGGCGUGAUGAGGCCUGAGCUUGUCAUGAAGUCGAUCGUUCCUGUUGUUAUGGCUGGUGUUUUGGGUAUUUAUGGUUUGAUUAUUGCUGUUAUUAUUAGUACUGGAAUUAACCCCAAAGCGAAACCCUAUUACCUUUUCGAUGGAUAUGCUCACUUGUCAUCUGGCCUUGCUUGUGGCCUUGCCGGACUUGCUGCUGGUAUGGCAAUUGGAAUCGUGGGUGAUGCUGGUGUCAGAGCAAAUGCUCAGCAGCCCAAGCUUUUUGUUGGGAUGAUCUUGAUCCUCAUCUUUGCUGAAGCUUUAGCUCUAUAUGGCCUUAUCGUGGGCAUCAUCCUCUCUUCCCGAGCUGGUCAAUCUAGAGCAGAAUAAGAUGGAUGCUCAGCUACAUUUACCUGCCUCAAUCUUGCAGGUUUAUUUUUGUGUGUUAUUAAUAUAUUUGUCUUUCUCUCUGAUUCCAUGUGGUUAGUAUUCACUCCCAAGAUUUAUUUUGUGUACAUUGGAGUUGGUACUUGUCUCCCCCCGAAUAAUUUUGAAUUAUUUGGGUCCCCGUUUAUUGUAACUGUAUUUGCUAGAAUGACUUAUUUGUCCUCCUCUGUUCUCGGUGGACAUGGAUCCCAAAUGCUUCUAUUUUAUUUUAUUGGAAUAAAUGAUGGUUCGAUAAGUUCGAUUUUACUUG